CAGCUGGAGCGACUUCCUUCCUCUUUGAGCAAGAUGGCGGGAGGCGAGGUUGGCGUGACUCUUGGCCAGCCACAUCUGUCUCGUCAGGAUCUCACCACUUUGGACGUUACUAAGUUGACGCCACUUUCACACGAAGUUAUCAGCAGACAAGCCACAAUUAACAUAGGUACAAUUGGUCACGUAGCUCAUGGGAAAUCCACAGUUGUAAAAGCUAUUUCCGGAGUUCACACCGUCAGGUUCAAAAAUGAAUUAGAAAGAAAUAUUACAAUCAAGCUUGGAUAUGCUAAUGCUAAGAUUUAUAAACUUGAUGACCCAAGUUGUCCUCGGCCAGAAUGUUAUAGAUCCUGUGGAAGUAGUACACCUGAUGAGUUUCCUACAGACAUUCCAGGGACUAAAGGGAACUUCAAAUUAGUCAGACAUGUUUCCUUUGUUGACUGUCCUGGACACGAUAUUCUGAUGGCUACUAUGCUGAAUGGGGCAGCAGUGAUGGAUGCAGCUCUUCUGUUGAUAGCUGGCAACGAAUCUUGUCCUCAGCCUCAGACUUCUGAACACCUGGCUGCUAUAGAAAUCAUGAAACUGAAACAUAUUUUAAUUCUACAAAAUAAAAUUGAUUUGGUAAAAGAAAGUCAGGCUAAAGAACAGUAUGAACAGAUCCUUGCAUUUGUACAAGGUACAGUAGCAGAAGGAGCUCCCAUUAUUCCAAUUUCUGCUCAGCUGAAAUACAAUAUCGAAGUAGUCUGUGAGUACAUAGUAAAGAAAAUUCCAGUACCCCCAAGAGACUUUACUUCAGAACCCCGACUUAUUGUUAUUAGAUCCUUUGAUGUCAACAAACCUGGCUGUGAAGUUGAUGACCUUAAGGGAGGUGUAGCUGGUGGUAGUAUUCUAAAAGGAGUAUUAAAGGUGGGCCAGGAGAUAGAAGUCAGACCUGGUAUUGUUUCCAAAGAUAGUGAAGGAAAACUUAUGUGUAAACCUAUCUUCUCCAAAAUUGUAUCACUUUUUGCAGAACAUAAUGAUCUUCAGUAUGCUGCUCCAGGGGGUCUUAUUGGAGUUGGAACGAAAAUUGACCCCACUUUGUGCCGGGCUGACAGAAUGGUGGGGCAAGUACUUGGUGCAGUUGGAGCUUUACCUGAGAUCUUCACAGAAUUGGAAAUCUCCUACUUCCUACUUAGACGGCUUCUAGGUGUACGCACUGAAGGAGACAAGAAAGCAGCAAAGGUGCAAAAGCUGUCUAAGAAUGAAGUGCUCAUGGUGAACAUAGGCUCCUUGUCAACAGGAGGGAGAGUUAGUGCCGUCAAGGCUGAUUUGGGCAAAAUCGUUUUAACUAAUCCCGUGUGCACAGAAGUAGGAGAAAAAAUUGCCCUUAGCCGAAGAGUUGAGAAACACUGGCGUUUAAUUGGUUGGGGUCAGAUAAGAAGAGGAGUGACAAUCAAGCCAACAGUAGAUGAUGACUGAAGAAUCUCUGUUAAAUAAUACUUUGGAUGGAGUUGGAAUUUCUCUUAACCUAGGGGUAUAUUUUCAAAGCAAUACUAGGGAAUUAAUUUCACAGCUCAUUACCUUAUUAGUAACAUUCUCAUGUUUUGGUGAUUAAAAUUUAACCUCUAGUACUAAAAUAGGGUCUUUAAUAAAAAUUGGAAUCAUGUUGGACUGAAUUUGUAUUUUAGCAGAAGUUAAGCAUUCCUGAAUCAUGUCUAAUUUGUAUAUCAAGGCAAAUUUGAAAUGAAACUGCUACAGCCAGCCUUUGCUGUAGCACACAUACCACUGAACCUGUUUGAAAUAAAGUUCUUUUUCAUGAUUCAUCUUUAAGUAGCUCCAAGCUGAAGGACUUGCACCAGUAAAAACUUGACAAUGCAAAAUCUUGGAGAACAGCUACCCUUUGUUUGGCCUCAUUUUAUGUUGCUUGAUCUUUGAAAUUUUGAGUGAAAGAAAAUUAAUAGGUUCAAAUGAAAUUGGCCUUUAGAGCAUGAGUGCUUGUUCCCAUGAACAAACCUUUCCCUCCCCUUUCUCUUUUCCUGGACUGGAACACAGGAAACCAGAGCCAGAAGUUCUCACCCUCUAUCUGUGAUGCCCUGAGAUUAUUUCUGCUUUGCUUUAUGCCUGAAAGCUGACAGUCUUCCCCCAUUGGAAAAUAUUGUUGUACCAAAUGAUUCUAGAUAAGUAACAAAGAUCUUUCCAAGCCUUAUUUUAUGUUUUUUUCUUAACUGUUUAAUUGAUAUGGUUAUGAUAUAGAUGAUAAUAUUAGUAAUCUUUGGACCUUUUGAGAGGUCAAGAGGUAAAAGAUGUUAGAAAGCAAAAUAAAGGGUGCUUUUUGGCCCAAUGGCUAGA